UUGCAAAUGACAGUCCAAUUGUCAAGCUGCCAUAUUUUGCCAUCUCCUUUCUUUUCGAUUUUUCCAUCGUAGACGCCAACAUGGGUUUCGCUACUCUCUGGUACUCGCAUCCCCGCAAAUAUGGCCAAGGCUCCCGUUGCUGCCGUGCCUGCUCAAACCGACAUGGUCUGAUUCGCAAAUACGGACUGAACAUCUGCCGUCAGUGCUUCAGGGAAUACGCCAAUGAUAUUGGCUUCAAGAAGCUGGAUUAAAUGUCCUCUUCAAUUUGUGACGCUCGUCACACCACUUAAGCAUAUUAAUAUAAGCAGUCGCUAAAGGAUGUCAAUUUCUGGCGGGGACUGCAUACAUUAAUAUGCUGACAACAACAACAACAAUUCUAAUCAUUUGGAGAUUUAAAUGACACCAAAGGCAUCCCACGCAGCGGGGAAACAAGAACCAGGAACACAUGCGCUAAAGAAGCUGCUGGCCACUGAGGUAGAAAUCUCAAAAUCAUCUCACGCAACAAAUCCGACGUUUUUCACGCAAUAGAAACAGAGUUCCAACUCACAAAUCAGCGUGUCUUCUAACACAAUAGCGUAAUUCCUCCUGCCUUCUACGAAGGUUCUCUGUUUAAAUCUCCGUCUGAUUAAAUACAUAACAAGUAACGUAAA